AUGGCGCCCCCGAUGCUCCUGUUAUUGUCUCUCGGUUUCCUCUUCUCUAUACUUGCUCAUGCGGAUGAUGAGUAUUUUCCCGUGGGUGACCUGAGCCAGUACACCACGGAUGGAGUCCCCACACCCGUCCUCACCGGGUCCGUGAUUGAAAUUACUGCGGUGGCGACUGCGCCGGCGGAAAUUGACUCAAAGUGCUACCAAGAGGUCCUGGACGUCCUUGAGGGCCCUGGCUGGACUCUCCAAUCCCGCAGUCUGAACUCCCCCGCACUAGAGCCGCGCGUUUUGGCUUAUCUAGGGGCUGGCGCGAUCGCAGUUAUCGGCUUCAUAAUCGCAAAAGUCUACCAGUCAGACAAGGUAAUCCCGGUGCCCAUCAAGAUUCCCCCGGAGCAGCUGGAGGACUCAUUCAACAUGGAGACCGCUACCGCCAUCGUCUUCAUCAUGGACGACGGCCAGCCAGCGCAGACCAUCACGCAACCUCCAGAGCAGGACAGGGCGACUGGACUGCCAGCCACGACUACCACCUUUGCGAGUGCCGGGAACGGCGCGAGUGCGGGAGAUGUGGGCAUCGAGUUGGACUCGACGGUGGCAGCGCAUCUCCAGGCGCUGCUGUCCGGCUCGGACAACAGCAACUGCGAUGUAGGCGCCGAUUUCUUUCCUUCAUCCUCCCUCCGGGCUCCUUCGCUGGACAUGGCCAGCGUCAUCUGCGGCGCCGAAAACAUCCUAGCCGACGGCAUCGGCCGGGAUGGAUAUCCCGACUGGCUGCUCAUGAAUCAGGGAGGGUUUCCAUGGACCAAUGUGGCAGGUGUCAAAACUGUCGUGCAGUGGGCACUCACUCAGGCUGACCGGCUGAAUCCGGCGAUCAGCGCAUCUCAUCUCCACGGGCUGGCUGUCGGGGCCUUUGCCUUGUCGUGGCUUUACUUCACCAACGGGGCCAUUACGACCAACAAUGUGAUCCCCGCCGCAUCGCUCCAGGGGGGUCCUACCGCCACGGUGUGUCAAGCGCAGACAGCGACCCAAUGCGGCGUUGAGUGCGAGGUCCAGACAUUUGCCCCUCAAUUCGCCUGCUCAACUGCCUGCUUGACCGUCACGUCUUGCGACGCGCAGGACGCGCUUACCACCACACUCACAGCCACCAUGACUGCUGUCGGCGCGGACCCAACCGGGAAUUCGUCGACUGCGCCUGGUCAAGGGCAACAGAUCGCUGUCGCAUCGUACAUCAACCCGCUUGGUGACCCGGCUGCGUGGAAUUGGCUGAUUGCGUAUGAUGUGAAGAAGAUGCCCAUCUUAGUUGCCAACGUCGUGAACGGCCCAGAUUCGGCUCUUGACUUGAACUGGCAGAGUGUGAUCCAGCGUGCUUCAGCUGCGGGUAAAACAGUGCUCGGCUAUGUACGAACUGGAUACCUGGGCCUUUACGGCGAUAAUAUCGUUGGUAUCAUUUUUGACGAGGGCUGGCCCGAAUGUGGUGACAACAAUGAUUAUGCGGAUCUGUAUAAGUAUAUCGACGCCUAUACAAAACGUGCUCACCCCGGUGCAUUUACGGUCCUGAACCCCGGGUUGCCUAUAGCAUCUUGCUUCGAGGAUACCAUGGAUAGCCUACUGACCUUUGAGCUCAACUGCGAUUCCUACAUUAACUUCUACACACCUAACGGUUGGACCCCGAAUGACCCGCGGAAACUCUGGCAUAUUGUCUACAAUGUGCCCGAAUCCGCGGUUAGUGAGGUAGCUAAUUUAGCGAAGGAGCGCGGGGUGGGCUUCCUUCAACUUACAGACGACAGCUUGCCCAAUCCAUACGACACUCUGCCCGCGGAUUCAUACGUCCAAAGCAUGAUGGACGCAAUCAGUGGUGGCUCACCAUUGAAUACAGAUGCAGCAUCCUGGACCUCUGGAGGCGCCGCAGGAGCGGUGUCUGGAUUAUUCGUUGUGACUUCAGACUAUAGUUCUGCUAAAUUAUCCUGGAACGCGGCCUCGAAUGCUCUUGGUUACCAUGUGUAUUCAGGUGAUAGUGUUGUUGCAAGUGUUCUAAGCUCAAUGACGAUGAUCACGAUUGGCGGUCUUGCAUCCGGAACUAGCUACAUGUUUCAUGCGGACAUUCUGGUACCUUAUUCAUUUGUCCGCCUCUAUCUCUGGGACUCAGUGGGCUGUGAGUUCGAUACUGAUCCAGGCUGGAGUGUCAACUUUAAAGUUGACAGUUAUGUCUGCACCCACUACAUGGUCGAAGGCACUACACUCUACAAGUAUAGCGGUGUACUUCCUGAAGGCUCCACGGCGCCUCCAUGGUCGUGCGAGGUAGUCAGCACCAUCACCCUGGAUAUCACCGGCUACACUUACAAGUGGACGUUACCCCUGGGGACUUCCACUUUCGACACGAGCAAAUUCGUCGUUCAGGCGCAAGGUUAUAAUCCCUUAACCAACGCUUUUGAGCCAGACCCCACUGCUUAUGACUGCGAGGGCUCGACAAUGUGCACGACCCCCGAUUUUGUGAAGUGGUGUGACCAGGCCGUCAAUACCCUGCAGCGAUACGACGACCCCUUUUACUUUGCUACGUCUGCGAACGAGUCCGGCAACUGCUGGGGCGAUCAGACUCGCAGCUGCGGUGUGUUCAUCCAGGGCGAUGCCCACUGCAGUAUCAGUGGUAACGACAUGUGGAAUGACUACCAGAACAUCCGCAACAUUGGCGGCUGUAAAAGGUGUGGCUCGUUCCACAGGGAAGACGGCUGUCUGAUUACUAUCAACUAUGUCUAUUCAUGUGACAACCACUGGUAG